AUGGGCAGGGGCGAGGGUGUGCUAGGCUUCUUCGGCAUCUUCCUGCUCUGUGCUCUCUUGGAGCUGGCUUGGCGAGAGGAGCCUGGCAGCGACAGGGAGCCGGGCAACUAUGGCGACCCUUUCGGCGUGAACAUGUACAACGACGAGAUGAGGAUGAAGGAGCUGAACAACGGGCGCAUGGCCAUGAUUUCCGUUCUGGGUAUCUUUGCGGCGGAGAUGGCAACGGGCAAGGAUGCCAUGCAGCAGUUCGGUCUUCCUGCACUGGGUGCGGGGCUUGCCUCGUCAGCCUCAGCAUCCCGAAGCAGCUUUGCAGGAAGCAGCUCUUCGCGAGUGGCAGCUCAGCAGAACAUCCUGCGCCGAGCGGAAGCCGUGGUGGAGGACGUACUGCCUCCUUUCCAGCCCUCCAAGCAGUUCGGCGCAACUGAGCCUUUGGGCUUCUUUGAUCCGCUUGGGUUCACUGCGGUGGGCGACGAGAGGGGCUUCCGCAAGUUGCGAGUCUCGGAGAUCAAACAUGGGAGAGUGGCGAUGAUGGCGUCUAUCGGGCUGGUUGGUCAGCAUUUCCUGAAGUUCCCAGGCUUCGAACAGUCCCCGGCUGGCUUCUCCGUGAUGGGCAGGGGCGAGGGUGUGCUAGGCUUCUUCGGCAUCUUCCUGCUCUGUGCUCUCUUGGAGCUGGCUUGGCGAGAGGAGCCUGGCAGCGACAGGGAGCCGGGCAACUAUGGCGACCCUUUCGGCGUGAACAUGUACAACGACGAGAUGAGGAUGAAGGAGCUGAACAACGGGCGCAUGGCCAUGAUUUCCGUUCUGGGUAUCUUUGCGGCGGAGAUGGCAACGGGCAAGGAUGCCAUGCAGCAGUUCGGUCUUCCUGCACUGGGUGCGGGGCUUGCCUCGUCAGCCUCAGCAUCCCGAAGCAGCUUUGCAGGAAGCAGCUCUUCGCGAGUGGCAGCUCAGCAGAACAUCCUGCGCCGAGCGGAAGCCGUGGUGGAGGACGUACUGCCUCCUUUCCAGCCCUCCAAGCAGUUCGGCGCAACUGAGCCUUUGGGCUUCUUUGAUCCGCUUGGGUUCACUGCGGUGGGUGACGAGAGGGGCUUCCGCAAGUUGCGAGUCUCGGAGAUCAAACAUGGGAGAGUGGCGAUGAUGGCGUCUAUCGGGCUGGUUGGUCAGCAUUUCCUGAAGUUCCCAGGCUUCGAACAGUCCCCGGCUGGCUUCUCCGUGAUGGGCAGGGGCGAGGGUGUGCUAGGCUUCUUCGGCAUCUUCCUGCUCUGUGCUCUCUUGGAGCUGGCUUGGCGAGAGGAGCCUGGCAGCGACAGGGAGCCGGGCAACUAUGGCGACCCUUUCGGCGUGAACAUGUACAACGACGAGAUGAGGAUGAAGGAGCUGAACAACGGGCGCAUGGCCAUGAUUUCCGUUCUGGGUAUCUUUGCGGCGGAGAUGGCAACGGGCAAGGAUGCCAUUCAACAGUUCGGCUUCUGA